CCCACACACACACACACACACGCUCAGAGCAGCCAUGUGGGGCCUCGUUGCUGCCGGCUGUGUCUUCUUCCCCGGACUCUUCGUGCUGUGCAAACAGACCCUGAAGCUGUGGAUGGGAUGCAGAGACGGGGACGCCACCAUGGUGUCCACGCGUGUCGUGUCGUCCCUCCAGGCCAUUAUGGCGUCAUCAGCUGGAUGUGUGAUUGUCUCGUCCUGCCGGGACGUCCUGGAGGACAGACAUUGGCUGACCGAAGCCUACAUCCUGUUUGCCACGCCCUACUUUGCCUACGACAUCUACGCCAUGUUCCUGUGCUACUGGCACAGGUUGCAGGUCAAAGGUCACGAGGAGGGGCAGGUGGGGGGGGUAGUCGGGUCAAAGCGAGCCGCUGCGGUGGGUUACCUGCGCAGGGAGAAGCUCAUGGUGCUGCAUCACGUCUUUAUGGUGGCCUUCUGCUUCCCCGCAUCACUGCUGUGGAGGGGGGGUCGAGGGGACUACUUCCAGGGUGUCCUCUUCCUGGCUGAGCUCAGCACUCCGUGUGUCUGUCUGACCAAAGUUCUGAUCCAGUUUAAGAAGCAGCACACUCUGCUGCACAGAGUCAACGGUGUCCUGAUGCUGCUGCUCUUCUUCUUCUGCAGAGUGUUGCUCUUCCCGUACCUGUACUUCUCCUACAGCCGCUACGCCUCUGUCCCGCUGCACCUGGUGCCCCUGCUGGCCCCGUGGCAGUGUAACCUGGGGGCCGCUCUGCUGUGGCCCCUGCAGCUCUACUGGUUCACGCUCAUCUGCAGAGGAGCCCUCCGCGGGCAGAGGACGGGUCUGGAACCAGAGAAGACCUGACGAGACCUCAGGAGACCUCAGGAGACCUGAGAGGGAGAACGGGAAGCAGCAUGUCUCCUGUGAGAGUAUUCGUGUUGAGGUGUGAACUCCAGAGAGCAGGUCUCUCUCCCACUGUCUUAUAUAACGUUAUAACACUGUUGUUUUCAGAUAUUUUAUAUGUUCAGGUAAAUAACAAUAUUAA